CUUAACAAGUAUUCGAGUUGCUCGUUUCGAAAAGGAUCGUACUCGUGUCCGUUUUUAUCCCUUCUACCUUUUCUCCUGUAACUCCCAAUCGAUUUGAAGAAUCAAUUCCCCGGGAAGGAUUUCAUUUCUUGCUUUUCUGAGAAAAUAGAAGGGAAAAGAGAGAGAUGGGUCUGCUCUCCAACAGAGUGGAUAAGGGGAGCCUGAAGCCUGGGGAUCACAUCUACUCUUGGAGGACUGCCUAUAUCUAUGCUCAUCAUGGCAUCUAUGUAGGGGAUGACACAGUCGUUCAUUUCACCAGGCGUGGGCAAGAAGUAGGAACAGGGACAAUGCUGGAUGCUCUCUUGGUUAGCUCAGGGCCAGCCCGACCUCAACAGCCCUGCCAAGUUUGCACUCCACGGGAAGAGGGAAGUGGGGUUCUCUCCUCGUGCCUGAACUGCUUUCUUGCAGGGGGUGUCUUGUAUCGUUUUGAAUAUGCUGUCAGUGCUGCUCUCUUUAUUGCAAAGGCACGUGGUGGAACCUGCACUCUUGCAGUCUCAGAUCCAGAUGAUGUCGUCGUCCAUCGAGCAAAAUACUUGCUCAACAAUGGCUUUGGUUGUUAUAAUGUAUUUAAGAAAAAUUGUGAAGACUUUGCUAUUUACUGCAAAACGGGGCUUCUUGUUCUGGAUAAAGGAACAAUUGGUCAAAGCGGACAAGCGGUAUCUAUAAUAGGGGGACCUCUGGCAGCCGUUUUAUCCACACCAUUGCGUCUUGUUACCACCAAUGUUUAUGGGAUGGCAGCAACAGCCGUUACAAUGUACUGCGCUAGUAGGUACGCUGCGGACAUUGGCAUGAGGAGGGAUGUAGUGAAGGUGUCUGUGGAGGAUAUGACAAGCAGAUUGGCAACUGGCUUGCUCCGGGUGGCGGAGGCCCAAAUUGUAUUGGCCCCUAUAAUAGGUUCUUCCGACCUUGUCACUCAAUAGUUCUUUGGCAAAGGUUUUUAUUGAAUUAAGUACUUAUGCAUCUGCUAUUUAAGGUGGUCCAUGGUCUAUUCCCUAAUGUGAUUGAACUUUGUUGUUAUGUGUGGUUGUGUCUGAAAUCUAGUACUAUCAUAAAAGAGAACAUCUGUUAUUUUCUUUAAGAGCAUUCAUGUUCACCAUGAUAUAUGGAUUUGAAGGACAAACAUUAAUUCCUUUUAUUUUG